CCCCCCCUCAACGCACGAUACCUCUCCUUCCCCCGGCGUCACUCCCAGUUGAAUCGCACUACCCAUCCGAAACCCCAGUGACGUGCGAAAACCUUCAACAUGGCUAUGAACCUUGAUAUGGCCAAUGCGGCCGUGAUGAAGGACGAGCAAGGCCGUCCCUUCAUCGUUGUCAGAGACCAAGGAAAGAAGAAGAGACAAUAUGGCAACGAAGCCGUCAAGAACCACAUCCUCGCCGCCAGAACGGUCGCGAACAUCGUCAAGACCUCCCUGGGACCCCGCGGCCUCGACAAGAUUCUCAUCUCCCCCGAUGGAGACAUCACAGUGACGAACGACGGUGCUACGAUUCUGCAACAGAUGGAGAUCUCGAACCACGUCGCUAAGCUUUUGGUGGAGCUUUCAAAGUCGCAAGAUGACGAGAUUGGUGAUGGUACAACCGGCGUCGUCGUGCUUGCUGGUGCUCUCCUUGAGCAGGCGGCAGAGCUGAUCGACAAGGGAAUCCACCCUAUCCGCAUUGCGGACGGAUACGACCAGGCUUGCGACAUCGCCGUGUCAGAGCUUGACAAGAUUUCAGAUGUCAUCGAGUUCAGCAAAGAAGAGACAGGAAAUCUGCUGAAGGUUGCGCGAACAAGUUUGGGCAGCAAGAUUGUUUCCAAGGCGCACGACCAGUUCUCUCAGAUCGCAGUGGACGCUGUCCUCUCCGUUGCCGACCUGGACCGGAGGGACGUUGACUUUGAGCUGAUCAAGGUCGACGGCAAGGUCGGAGGAGCUCUGGAGGAUACCAUGCUCGUCAAGGGCGUCAUUAUCGACAAGGAUUUCUCUCACCCCCAGAUGCCUUCCGAAGUCAAGGACGCCAAGAUCGCAAUUCUUACCUGCGCCUUCGAGCCCCCUAAGCCUAAGACUAAGCACAAGCUCGACAUCACCAGCGUCGAGGAGUACAAGAAGUUGCAGAGCUACGAACGCGAGAAGUUUAUCGAGAUGAUUCAACAAAUCAAGGAUGCCGGUGCCAACUUGGCUCUCUGCCAGUGGGGUUUCGACGAUGAGGCGAACCACCUGCUGCUCCAGAACGACUUGCCUGCCGUGCGGUGGGUUGGAGGACCAGAGAUCGAGUUGGUGGCUAUUGCGACAAACGGCCGUAUCGUGCCGCGGUUCGAGGACCUCAAGCCCGAGAAGCUCGGAACUGCAGGCAUUGUCAGAGAAAUGACCUUUGGCACAACAAGAGAGAAAAUGCUGGUCAUCGAGGAGUGCGCCAACACCCGCGCGGUGACCGUCUUUGUGCGCGGUAGCAACAAGAUGAUCAUUGACGAGGCGAAGCGCUCCCUCCACGAUGCCCUGUGCGUCGUGCGCAACCUUGUCAAGGACAACCGCGUGGUCUACGGUGGUGGUGCUGCUGAGAUUGCCUGCUCAUUGGCGGUCGAGGAUGCCGCCGCCAAGACCCCUGGCCUUGAGCAAUACGCCAUGCGCGGAUUUGCCGAGGCCCUCGACGCCGUCCCGAUGGCCCUGGCCGAGAACAGCGGUCUGAACCCCAUCGCGACGCUGGCCGACAUCAAGAGUCAACAGGUCAAGGCCGGCCCUGGAGUCCGUGGCAAGCUCGGUGUCGACUGCAUGCAGCGCGGCAGCAACGACAUGAAGGAUGCGUUUGUCAUCGACCCCCUUAUCAGCAAGAAGCAGCAACUCCAGCUCGCGACGCAAUUAUGCCGUAUGGUCCUGAAGGUGAACAACGUCAUCGUUGCCGGGUCCGGCGAGGAAGACUUUUAAAAGUUUAUAAAACGGUAAAAAAGGUUCUAGAUAGGUCUAUGGUGUUUGGGAUUAUACCAAGCUGUGUACUAUGCAAAUAGAGAGGCCCCCACAAUGUCGAGACCACGAUUUCUGUCCUCCCACGCAACGAACCGUCUAGUGCUUGCCCUGCCCACCUCGACACUUACUGCAUCCAGCCUCUCUCGGGGCUAUACUUGAGAUACGGUUCCAUCUCACGAUAGAAGGUUUGGCGGAGCUCGGCCUGUUGCUCGGGCGUCGGGCGGGUAUCCUCGCCCUUGCGACGUUGCCAGCUCUCCUGCGUCUCCUUGAGGAGGGCCUUGGGGUCCUGUCCCGUGGCGUCUGCGAAUUCGUACGAUCUGUACUCGGUGUUCUCCCAGCCAGUUGCUACGCUUAGAAUUAGUGAACGGCUCCCAUCUCACUCAACCCCACGCCAUUGGGGUGUCAUAGGAGAUAUUCGAGAAACAAAUAAAGAAUCUCGAAAACGAGAAGAAAACGUACCCUUCUUGGGAGCAAUCCCAUACCAAUCAUCCGUCAAAAAGUGCAAGAUGCCGCCGUGCGUGACGACCACGACCUGCGCGUCCCCGGACACGUCCCCGCCCACGAGCUCCCUCAGCGCCCUCCUCGCCUCGGCAGACCUCGCCUCCAGCUUCUCCAGCGUCGGCUCCCAUCUCGAGUCGGGGCCGGCCUUGUCGAUCCAGUCCUCGGGCACCCUGCUGAAAUCCACGCGGCCGGCGAACUCGGCCUCGAUGUCCUUGACGGCCGAGCCGGUGUCGCACGGCGCGUCGGAGACUUCUUGUACCUCGGGCAGGGCGAGGACCUUGAGGGACUUGCUUCCGGACUCGGGAGAGGAGGGGUCAGAGGGGCCGAAGCCCAGGAGACAGGUGUAGAGGGUCCGGCGGAGGGGGCUGGCGACGAGGUGGGUGAUGCGGUCGUGGUGGGGGAAGGCGGCGCGGAGGUCGGCGCACUGCUGUUUUCCCUUUUCCGUGAGGAGGGGGUCGCGGAGGGCUUCAUUUUCGAGGGAGAGGUUGUGGAAACCCUGGGCGUGGCGGACGAGGUGGAUUUGGACUGGCAUUUUGUUUGAGGUUGUGGUUGGUUUUCUAAUGAACUUUUCUUCAGGUGUGAUGAUGACGAGCUUGAGAUGAAUUGGCGGGGUGGCGGGGCAAGGUGCUUAUGUGUAUGCCGUUACACAACGUCUUUGAUUCUAGUGGGAAACAGAAAGUAAUAAAAAAAGUAGUAUGUGGUCUGAUUGAACCUCUAGAUUUCACAAUGAUGAUGGGGAAGACGGGAUUCUCGACAGAUGUUCGGAUGGUUCACGAUCCAAUUAUAUAUAAACAAAAGCUCUAGCAAGUUGAGAGGAUGAGCUACGUAAUGCGUCCCUCCACCCCCCAAUUCUCGGGAAAGUUUCCUUGUUUGGUGUGGGUGUGGGCAACCCGGCGGAGGGAACGGGAAAGUCUGUCAAGCCUGUGUCUAGAAAUGACUCAGAUGAACCGCCUUUUUUACCUUGGGACGGGCGUCGGAACUCACCUAGACUAAGGUAGGUACCUUAUAAUCAGGCACCCGAGUAGAGAAAUCACGACACCGGAAGGGUUCCACGUGGGCUGCCAUAGGGGCCUUCUACGG